UGGGAUGAGCAAUGGCAUCUGUCAAGGUGGCCGUGAGAGUCCGGCCCAUGAAUCGCAGGGAAAAGGACUUGGAGGCCAAGUUCAUUAUUCAAAUGGAGAAAAGCAAAACAACAAUCACAAACUUGAAGAUACCAGAAGGAGGGACUGGGGACUCAGGAAGAGAACGGAUCAAGACCUUCACCUAUGACUUUUCUUUUUAUUCUGCUGAUACGAAGAGUCCAGAUUACAUUUCACAAGAAAUGGUUUUCAAAACCCUUGGCACAGAUGUGGUGAAAUCUGCAUUUGAAGGUUAUAAUGCUUGUGUCUUUGCAUAUGGACAAACUGGAUCUGGAAAGUCAUACACUAUGAUGGGAAAUUCUGGUGAUUUGGGCUUAAUACCUCGGAUCUGUGAAGGGCUCUUCAGUCGGAUAAAUGAAACCACCAGAUGGGAUGAAGCAUCUUUUCGGACUGAAGUCAGCUACUUAGAAAUUUAUAAUGAACGUGUAAGAGAUCUACUUAGACGGAAGUCAUCUAAAACCUUCAAUUUAAGAGUUCGUGAGCAUCCAAAAGAAGGACCUUAUGUUGAGGAUUUAUCCAAACAUUUAGUACAGAAUUAUGGUGAUGUGGAAGAACUUAUGGAUGCAGGAAAUAUCAAUCGUACCACAGCAGCAACUGGGAUGAAUGAUGUCAGUAGCAGGUCUCAUGCCAUCUUCACCAUCAAGUUCACUCAGGCAAAAUUUGAUUCUGAAAUGCCAUGUGAAACCGUGAGUAAGAUCCACUUAGUUGAUCUUGCCGGAAGCGAGCGUGCAGAUGCCACUGGUGCCACUGGGGUCAGGCUCAAAGAAGGGGGGAAUAUUAACAAAUCUCUCGUGACUCUGGGAAACGUCAUUUCUGCCUUAGCUGAUUUAUCUCAGGAUGCAGCAAACUCUCUUGUAAAAAAGAAGCAAGUUUUUGUGCCUUACAGGGAUUCUGUUUUGACUUGGUUGUUGAAAGAUAGCCUUGGAGGAAACUCUAAAACCAUCAUGAUUGCCACUAUUUCACCUGCUGAUGUCAAUUAUGGAGAAACCUUAAGUACUCUUCGAUAUGCAAAUAGAGCCAAAAACAUCAUCAACAAGCCUACCAUUAAUGAGGAUGCCAACGUCAAACUCAUCCGUGAGCUGCGAGCUGAAAUAGCCAGACUGAAAACACUGCUUGCUCAAGGGAAUCAGAUUGCCCUCUUAGACUCCCCUACAGCUUUAAGUAUGGAGGAAAAACUUCAGCAGAAUGAAGCAAGAGUUCAAGAAUUGACCAAGGAAUGGACCAAUAAGUGGAAUGAAACCCAAAAUAUUUUGAAAGAACAAACUCUAGCCCUUAGGAAGGAGGGGAUUGGAGUUGUUUUGGAUUCUGAACUGCCUCAUUUGAUUGGCAUUGAUGAUGACCUUCUGAGUACUGGAAUCAUCUUAUAUCACUUGAAGGAAGGUCAGACAUAUGUUGGUAGAGAAGAUGCUUCAACAGAGCAGGAUAUUGUUCUUCAUGGCCUUGACUUAGAGAGUGAGCACUGUGUCUUUGAAAAUGUUGGGGGGACCGUGACUCUCAUACCCCUGAGUGGGUCUCAGUGCUCCGUGAAUGGUGUUCAAAUUACGGAGGCUACACAUCUAAAUCAAGGUGCUGUGAUACUCUUGGGAAGGACCAAUAUGUUUCGCUUUAACCAUCCGAAGGAAGCUGCCAAGCUCCGGGAGAAGAGAAAGAGUGGCCUUCUGUCCUCCUUCAGCUUGUCCAUGACCGACCUCUCAAAGUCCUGUGAGAACCUGUCCGCAGUCAUGCUGUAUAACCCUGGACUUGAAUUUGAGCGACAACAGCGUGAAGAACUUGAAAAAUUAGAAAGUAAAAGGAAACUCAUAGAAGAAAUGGAGGAAAAGCAGAAGUCAGACAAGGCAGAGCUGGAGAGGAUGCAGCAGGAGGUGGAGACCCAGCGCAAAGAGACAGAAAUCGUGCAGCGCCAAAUCCGCAAGCAGGAGGAGAGCCUCAAACGCCGCAGCUUCCACAUUGAGAACAAGCUCAAGGAUUUGCUAGCAGAGAAGGAAAAGUUUGAGGAGGAACGGCUGAGAGAGCAGCAGGAAAUUGAGCUGCAGAAGAAGAGACAAGAGGAAGAAAGCUUUCUGCGUGUCAAAGAGGAGCUCCGGAGACUCCAAGAACUCAACAACAGUGAGCAGGCGGAGAAGAUUCAGAUAUUCCAAGAGCUGGACCGUCUCCAGCGGGAAAAAGAUGAACAGCACGCCAAGCUGGAACUGGAGAAAAGGAGACUGGAGGAGCAGGAGAAGGAGCAGGUGCUGCUUGUUACCCACUUGGAGGAGCAGCUGCGAGAGAAACAAGAGAUGGUUCCAUUGCUGCGAUGCAGUGAGGUCCAACGGGCAGAGGAGGAAAAGAGGGACCUGGAAGACAUCAGGGAAGCCCUCCUGCGGGCCAGGGAAGCUGGGGCAGGAGGGGAGGAGGAAGAUGAUGAGCAUCUGGAAAAAGCUCACCUACAUUUCUUGGAGUUCAAGAAAAGGCAGCUUGUCAAACUAGCUAACUUGGAGAAAGACCUGGUCCAGCAGAAAGACCUCCUGAGAAAAGAAGUCCUAGCAGAGCAGGAAACCCUCCAGCGCUUAAAAUGUGAAAAUGAGGAGCAAUCUAAGUGGUUAGCAAAAAAUGAUGCUAGUGUCACAAGUGUCUCACAUGUGGCUGGAGAUUUAGAGAAAAUAAAGCCAGCAGAGUACAGGCUACAAUAUAAAGAACGCCAGCUACAGUACCUCCUGCAAACUCAUCUGCCAGCUCUGUUGGAAGAAAAGCAGAGAGCGCUUGAAAUCCUUGACAGAGGUCCUCUGGGCUUAGACAACACUCUUUAUCAAGUAGAAAAAGAAAUGGAAGAAAAAGAAGAGCAGCUCGCGCAAUACCGAGCCAGUGCAAGCCAGCUGCAGCAGCUCCAGGCCACCUUUGAAUUCACUGCCAAUGUGGCACGACAGGAAGAAAAAGUGAGGAAGAAGGAAAAGGAGAUUCUAGAAUCACGGGAAAAGCAGCAGAGAGAGGCACUGGAGCGUGCAGUGGCCAGACUGGAGAGAAGGCACUCUGCUCUGCAGAGGCGCUCUACCCUGGGCCUGGAGACAGAAGAGCAGAGGCAGAAGCUUGCUAGUCUCAACAGUAGCACCGAUGUCCUGGAAGCUCAGCAGGAGGUCCUGGAGAAGGACCAGGAGAGGUUAGAACAUGAAAUCCAGCAACUAAAGCAGAAGAUUUGUGAGGGAGACAGUGUUCAAAGAGGUGACCAUGGGACCCUGGAGAGGAAGGCUGCUUCUUUCAGCUUGCUACCCAGUGCUGAAAAAUCUCACCUGGCUCCCCUGAUGGAUGCCAGGAUCAAUGCUUACAUUGAAGAAGAGGUCCAAAGACGUCUUCAGGAUUUGCAUCAUGCUAUUGGUCAUGCCAGCAACACAUCUGCAGAUAUGAUGAAGGAUAAUGAGAAACUUCACAAUGGCACCAUUCAACGUAAGCUAAAAUAUGAGCGAAUGGUUUCCCGCUCUUUGGGAGCAAAUCCAGAUGACCUCAAGGACCCAAUUAAGAUUAGUAUUCCACGCUAUGUCCUCUGUGGGCAAGGAAAGGAUGAGCACUUCGAGUUUGAGGUCAAGAUUACUGUCCUAGAUGAGACAUGGACUGUAUUCAGGCGUUACAGUCGUUUUCGAGAAAUGCAUAAAACAUUGAAAUUAAAGUAUGCAGAGCUUGCUGCCCUUGAAUUCCCCCCAAAGAAACUAUUUGGAAACAAAGAUGAACGUGUGAUUGCUGAGAGGCGAAGUCACUUAGAGAAAUACCUCAGGGACUUUUUCAGCGUGAUGCUCCAAUCUGCAACAUCACCCCUACACAUCAACAAAGUGGGACUGACCCUUUCAAAACACACCAUUUGUGAGUUCUCACCAUUCUUCAAGAAAGGAGUCUUUGACUACAGCAGCCAUGGGACCGGGUAGAGCCGGGAUGACAAAGGAACCACCAAUACAGUGCCUUCUCGUUGAAGCCCGCUCUGAUGCAAGGCUGGAUCCCGGCUGCCUCCCUCCGCCCAAGGCAGAUGUGCAGCAGCCAACCCGAACGCCUCACGUCAUCAUACCUAGUGCCUCAGUUUGGGAAUGGGACGCUUUGCCUGCUGAUGGUGACCCUGACAGGCAGCUGUUACUGUUCCACUGCAGUUGAAUGUGGCCUUUUCCCAUAGUGCUUCCUCCUCAUUGCACAGCAGCAUCCGUCCCCCGUGGCAGGAUGAAUGUGGCUUCUUUAUCUUGAGCUCCCUGAGCCAAGCCAACCUGGGACCUUCCAGAGUGGGUGGCUUGCCAGACCACUCCUAAAUGACUUUCCUCUGGUUUCCUCCAUCACCAAAAUAUACUCUGUUUUUUUUUUAUAUCACUUCUGUGUGACUGACUAUAUCCCAAGAAAAGCAUUUUAAAUUAUUUUACUGUAUUUUUAUUCCUUUUCUUUUUCCUCAUUUGGAUCAGAAAUUUUAUACAAUACCUAAACACUGAUGUUUACAUAGAAUUUCAUAUUCUGUAAAGGGAAUUUUUGGUCCAAUCAUAACUAGAAUCUUCCAUGCUUGACAAAUUGGAUGUAGGUGACAUCACUUAAAAUUUCUGUAAAUCCCUACAAACAGGACACUGUUUAACCUUGAAUGUUUGAGGACAUUAUCCCAAAUCUCAAUGGCUGCUGUGCAUUCUCAAGCUUUUUCUGCUAAGCACAAAAUAAGUGCAAAACUGGAUGCAUAUUUUUAAAUAUUAUUUUGUUCACAUUUCUGUUACAGUAUCUACUGGAUCUUUAGCUGAAGACUAGAAUUUAGAGUACUUUAUUACUAACCCCUUUAAUUACUCAGGACUUAAUGUAGCAUUGCACAUCCUUGUACAGUAAAAUCGCUUUGUUUUACUAAAGAGAAAAAUAUGAGUGGCAAAAUUAAAAUAUAUAUGUGGUAUAUAUUGAAAUGUACAUAAUUCUAUCUAUAGAUUUAUAUGUGUACACACUCCUGUACAAUAGUUAUAUCAAACUAUAUAAUCAUUCACACCAACUUUAUUAAAGGUAUUUGCUUUUCCAGAAUUUAAAUUAAAUUGCUCUCAAUAUUAAAUGAAGUGAUAAUAUCUA